UGAACGCUCUCGAGAGCUGCAGGUGUCUGAGCUCCGCGGCUGACCGAACAUGUGUGUCUGAAUCUGACUCUGUGUGUUUGUGUGUUUGUUCCUCAGGAGUCAUGUCCUGUCUUUUACGCUGUGUGACGUGCUGGUCCGUGACCCUGCGGAGAACAUCAGGGACCAGAUUCUUCCAGACUUUCUCUGUUCUGUGUGAUCAACAGACACAUAAAGGUGUGCGAUAUAAGGACGUCCUGGUUGGGGUUCCGAAAGAGAUCUUUCAGAAUGAGCGUCGUGUGGCGGUGUCGCCUGCGGGUGUCAAUGCGCUGGUCAAGCAGGGCUUCAGGGUGCAGGUGGAGUCCGGUGCCGGACGGGAAGCAAAGUUUUCUGAUGAUCAGUACCGGGAUUCUGGAGCUCAGAUCACUGACACAAAGGGAGCGUUUGGAUCAGACCUGGUCCUGAAGGUUCGAGCGCCGGUCUUUAACGAGGAGUUACGAGUUCAUGAAUCUGAAUUGCUGAAGCCGAGAUCUACGCUGGUGAGUUUCAUCUACCCGGCACAGAACCCAGAGCUCAUGGACAGACUGGCCAAACAGCAGUGUACUGUACUCGCUAUGGACCAGGUGCCCCGGGUCACCAUCGCUCAGGGCUACGACGCCCUCAGCUCCAUGGCCAACAUUGCAGGGUAUAAGGCUGUGGUUCUCGCAGCCAAUCACUUUGGACGUUUUUUUACUGGUCAGAUCACAGCAGCUGGGAAAGUUCCUCCGGCUAAGGUGCUGAUUAUUGGCGGAGGUGUCGCUGGUUUGGCAGCAGCAGGUGCAGCUAAAUCAAUGGGAGCUAUAGUCAGAGGAUUUGACACCAGACCAGCCGCAUUGGAGCAGUUUAAGUCAUUUGGGGCAGAACCACUGGAGGUGGACAUCAAAGAGUUGGGUGAAGGGGUCGGAGGUUACGCCAAAGAAAUGUCCAAAGAGUUUCUGGAGGCAGAGAUGGCGCUUUUCUCUAAACAGUGUAAAGACGUGGACAUCGUCAUCACCACAGCUCUUAUACCUGGUAAAAAAGCUCCAGUCCUCAUCAAGCGUGAGAUGGUGGAGAGCAUGCGUGACGGGUCAGUGGUGGUGGAUUUGGCCGCUGAAGCUGGAGGAAACAUCCAAACCACCAAACCUGGACAGCUGUAUGUCCAUCAGGGUGUGACGCACAUCGGCUUUACCGACCUGCCCAGUCGGAUGCCCACACAGGCCAGCUCUCUCUACUCCAACAACAUCAUCAAACUACUGAAGGCCAUCAGCCCGGAUCAAGAUUACUUUCACUUUCAGCCCGUCGAUGAGUUUGAUUACGGGACGUUAGAUCAUGUGAUCAGAGGCACUGUGGUGAUGAAGGAAGGGAAGAAUCUUUUUCCUUCUCCCCUGCCAAAGACUUCCCCACCGCCUCCACCCGUCAAACAGAAGACCGUCGCUCAACUGGAAGCUGAGAAACGGACGGAAAUCUCUCCCUUUAAGCGCACCAUGACAUCAGCGGGCGUCUAUACGGCAGGUCUGACGUCCGUGUUGGGUUUGGGAAUGGUCUCUCCUAAUGCUGCCUUCACUCAGAUGGUGACGACCUUUGGCCUUGCUGGAAUUGUGGGAUAUCACACUGUGUGGGGUGUGACGCCAGCCCUCCAUUCACCACUGAUGUCAGUGACCAAUGCCAUCUCAGGUCUGACAGCAGUGGGUGGAUUGGUGCUGAUGGGUGGAGCUUUGACCCCAUCAUCUGUACCUGAAACUCUGGCUCUGCUGGCAGCGUUCAUAUCCUCCAUCAACAUCGCAGGGGGUUUCCUGAUCACCCAGAGAAUGCUGGACAUGUUCAAGAGGCCGACUGACCCUCCAGAACACAACUAUCUCUACUCUAUACCCGGGCUGGUUUUCGUAGGAGGUUACGGGGCGUCUCUCGCCGGUGGCUACAACAUUGAACAGAUGAUGUACCUGGGGUCAGGUUUGUGUUGUGUAGGUGCUCUUGCUGGCCUCUCCACUCAAAGCACCAGCCGACUGGGAAACUCUCUGGGUAUGAUUGGGGUGGCGGGAGGCAUCGCAGCAACGCUUGGAGCUCUUAAACCCUCGCCUGAACUCCUCUCACAGAUGUCACUCGCUAUGGCAACAGGAGGAACUCUGGGUCUGACUAUUGCCAAGCGUAUCGAGAUCACAGAUCUACCUCAGCUGGUGGCGGCGUUUCACAGUCUGGUGGGUCUGGCUGCGGUUCUCACCUGCAUCGCUGAGUUCAUGAUCGAACAUCCACACCUGGACGCCCAUCCGGCGGCCAACAUGCUGAAGAUCGUGGCUUAUCUGGGCACCUACAUCGGCGGUGUGACCUUCAGUGGAUCUCUGGUCGCUUACGGCAAACUACAAGGUAUCUUAGACUCUUCUCCUUUGCUGCUGCCCGGGCGACACGUGAUGAAUGCGGGUUUAAUGGCAGCGUCAGUGGGGGGAAUGGUGCCCUUUAUGCUGAGUGACAGUUUCAACACAGGCAUGGGCUGUCUGCUGGGUGUGUCCGGUCUAUCCACAGUCAUGGGUGUAACGCUCACAGCAGCAAUAGGAGGAGCUGAUAUGCCAGUGGUCAUUACGGUGUUGAACAGUUACUCUGGCUGGGCGUUGUGCGCUGAAGGUUUCCUGUUGGAUAAUAACCUUAUGACCAUUGUAGGAGCUCUGAUUGGCUCAUCUGGUGCAAUCCUGUCUUAUAUCAUGUGUGUGGCCAUGAAUCGUUCUCUUCCAAAUGUCAUUCUGGGUGGAUAUGGAACCUCAUCCACCGCCGGCGGGAAGCCCAUGGAGAUCGUCGGCACACACACAGAAGUCAAUGUGGAUCAGUCCAUUGAAAUGAUUAAAGAAGCAAACAGCAUCAUCAUAACUCCUGGCUGGGGUUUGUGUGCAGCAAAAGCUCAAUAUCCCAUCGCUGACAUGGUAAAGAUGUUAAGAGAACAGGGCAAGACGGUCAGGUUUGGGAUUCACCCGGUGGCGGGUCGCAUGCCCGGACAGCUCAACGUCCUAUUGGCUGAGGCUGGGGUCCCAUAUGAUGUUGUCCUGGAGAUGGAUGAGAUCAACCAGGAUUUCCCAGAAACCGACCUGGCGCUUGUGAUCGGAGCCAACGACACGGUCAACUCUGCAGCACAGGAAGAUCCCAAUUCAAUAAUCGCCGGGAUGCCUGUGCUGGAAGUGUGGAAGUCCAAACAGGUGAUUGUGAUGAAACGUACUCUUGGUGUGGGAUACGCAGCAGUUGAUAACCCCAUCUUCUACAAACCCAACACUGGAAUGCUUUUAGGAGACGCCAAGAAGACCUGCGACAAAUUACAGGCCAAAAUAAGAGAGACCUACUACUGAUUCAUCAGCGCGUUCACAACACAUUUAGAAAAUCACUUUAUUGUCAAGUGCCUUAAAUCACUUCAUUUAAUCAUACUGGGAAUACGUCAAAAUGCAUGCCAUCGUUGAUUUGUAAAUAAAAUUAUUUAAAUAUAUCACUGUGAUAAAGUGGAUUCAUGAAAUCAAAUAAAAAGAAAUAAGUUUGAAACGCA